AUGGCCAUUGAGAUGGUCCCAAGUAUUGUAGCCGAAAGCUCACUCAUCCGUGAGCAUAGUCGAGGUCCAUAUCGACGAGUACACCAGGUCACUCUCCACCACGUUGUCACGCGAAUCUCCAUCCUGCCAAUGCUAUCCCUUUACGAGUACCGAGACGGAGGCACACAACCGUGUUGGAAGAUUCUUGGUUACCAUCAUCACCCAUCAACACCAGUCAAGACACAACUUUAUCAUCACAUCAACAACAUGGCAGAUCAAGGAGUGCAGGAGGAGGAUCUGUACAUUACCACAACAACAAUCACCCUCUACGACAAUUUCACGGGUACCCUCGAGAGAUACACCAUCAUACGCGGCAUCUGGUUCGAAGAGGUGGUCUUCGCAAACGUCCGCAGACAGGUGUUUGUCAUUAGACCCAUCCAUCACAACGCACCAGGACCUCGUCCAAUUCCCCACGACCACACCCAACCGCCUUCCGGAGACGGACACAACCCUAGCAUGCCCACUUCCACUGGAGAUGGCAGCGACACUCAGAGUCAUGUCCCCAACCAAGACUACCAGGCCCAUGUAGCUCCUCUGCUCGCCCGUCUCAGAGGUCAAGGCGUAGAGUUCAACGAAACACCGCGUCGCUUCAACUUGGCCGCCGACCUUGCGCACGCGCCCCGUGCCGCCAGCUCUUCUUCAGCACGCGGUAAUACCUCAUCAGUCGCCAGACAGACUUCUGCCCAACGCAGAGAUAUCAUGCAACCUACUGGAUUCGUCUCAGAUGGACACGCUGUGUGGAGUCUCCCUGGACCAGAGCCCGAUCAUGAUUCUGGGACAAACCGUGAAGGCGGUUCAGGUCUCUGA